AUGUCUUUCCAAGAUAUGCAGACAUUGACUCCGGAUUUCACUAUGUUCCUACUGAUUUUUGAGUGGAUGAAAGUGGAAGAAGUGUGCAAAUUUUUAGGAAUAUUUCAUGAAAUCACUGAUAUGAUUUCCGGGUUCGAGUAUCCAACCGCUAACAUUUUUCUUGUGGAGCUCUAUAGGAUUAAAGAGCUUUUAAAUGAAAAAGCUCUUAACCCUUUUGAGCAUAUUCGGGCUAUGGUUGGAAGUAUGUCUGCUAAAUUUGAUAAGUAUUGGGGGGAAAGUAAUGUGCUACUAUCUUUGGGUGCAAUUUUGGAUUCGAGAUACAAAAUGUUUCUUAUUAAUCAUGCUUUUCCGGUGAUUUAUGGUGAGGAUGCAGCUCCUAGAUUCGUAACUAAGAUUAGAGACAUUUUUUAUGAGCUUUACAAUGAACAUGUUGAUUGUCACAUUGUUUCCCAUUCUGAACAACAACAGAGGCAGGUUGUAAAAAAGAGACAAAAUAAAGGUUCUAGUUGUUCUAGUAAGAAACAGAAAAUGACUAGACCUGCUGUUUUAACUGGUAAAGAAAAGUUUCACAUGCAUGUGAGUGAAAUUGACAGGGCUCUACCAAAAAAAUCAGAUUUAGAUGUUUAUUUAGAGGAAAGUAGGUAUGCUUGUGAUGCAAAUGCAAAUCUGGAUGUUUUGGGUUGGUGGAAAGGGGAAAGAUUGAGAUUUCCUAUCUUGUCGAGGAUGGUUGCCGAUAUACUCUCCGUUCCUGUUACAAUUGUGGCUUCAGAAUCUACCUUCAGCACCGGAGGUAGAGUAAUUGCUGAUCGACGAGCUUCUAUGUCAGUUGAGACGGUGCAAAUGUUGCUUUGCGGCAACGAUUGGAUCCGCAAUUUUCAUGGCCUAAAGAAUAAGUCUCGCGAAUCACUUGAUGCGGCCGAAUCAAUCUCAUUUGAGGAAGUUGAACUUCUUGAAUCAUUCACAACCUGA